CUUGUUGGAUACAUAAAGGCUAUCAGUUUUAUUCACUGUACAGCUGCAUAUCGAUCCAGUGUAUUAGGUAGCUAAUGUUGAAUUGGAACUAGCAUGGAUAUACUUACUUUCAUCCUGUUUUUAGUUGUGGCGUUAAUACCAAUUUUCUGUUAUGAUCUGGAUUUUGAUUAUUUUGUAACUCACAACUCCAGUGUAACAUGGAAUUUGAAGUCGUUAAUGUCAGAAGAUUUGAAAAACAUUAUAGUGAUAAAUGUAGAUAAACGGGGUUAUAGAACAAAAAUUGGAAAUUACUCCGUGAACGAUGACACGUGGAAAGGAAAAGAGGAUGUACGCAUCUCGAAUAGAACAAUUAUAAUUCCAGCAUUUAGUAAAGAAAUGGAAGCUGUGUAUGAACUCGAGAUGAGUUUUCACACCAAGCUUAAUGUUAAAAUAAAAUAUUUUAGACUAACUUCUAUCUAUGACCCACAUUUAUGCUGUAAUGGUAGAAAGAGUAUGAAGUGGACGUACUCAACUCUAUUUGACAGGAAAUUAAACUCAAACUUAACAAACUGUACAAUAAAGAUUGAAAAAGUUAAAUGUACUGGUGAUUUUGAGUUUGGAUAUUUAGAUGUAAAUGGAACUAAUUGUACACCAUUGAACAUUAUACAUAAAAACUGUAAUUCUGAAGAUGCCUCAGAUGAUGGAAAAGGGGGCGUUAAGAGAACAGCAGAAAAGACUGUUCAUAACAGCAGGAGUGGUGUUGAUGCGCGCUAUUUUUGUCUUUUGACACAAAUUCCCUUUUUAGUUUUAUUUUUUUUAUUUAUGUAUUAAUGGCGGGUGCCGCUAGCGGGGUAAGUUUCGCUAGCGGUGCAGGGCAUGCUCACUCUUCCAGAACACAAAGUAACACUCUGCAAUCGGGUCUAACAACUCUUGAGUCUACGUCCAACUACUCCACUAAAAUUGUGGCAGGUGUCGAUGCAGGGUACGCUCACCUUUCCGGAACACCUGAUGCCACUCCGCGAUUGGGUUUGUCAACUCGUCAUCCCUUUUGGAGAGUCCACAUAGCUAUUGUGUUUAUUACACACCAGACGUGACCCUUGUUAGUAGACAAGAUUGUCCCCGAGGUUUUGAUUCAACUUUUAAGCUUAUGAUUCCAAGGUAUGAAAUAAUGCUCAAACUUGAAUAAAACACAGAGUUGUAAUGGAGUGAUUUUGCCAAAUUGCUGUUUUGCGUAAAUUUGCUGUAUCUUCAGCUUUUUCUCUUUGCAAUAUUGAAAUCAUCAUCAUGUUUUUUCUUCUAACCAAGUUGUCAAUAAUUCAAGUUAGUUCAAACUAAAGUAUAAAUUUAUCUAAAUCUACCGUAUUCUGACCACUUUCUUCUGAAAAAAUUGUCUUAUUGAUUUUCUACAAAUUUUGAUCAGAUUUGUCAAUCCAAAGCAAUUUGAUAAUUUAACAAAAGAUUUCACCAGAUAAAUUC